ACGACAAGUUGGUGCUUGUCUGUUUGUUGCAAGCACGAUGCUUUCGCGACGGUAACGCAUUUGAGCAGCCAGUGCACGAUCGAUGUGAAAUAUAGUCUCGAUCAGUCUCGAUAUAACCGUCGUUUCGUUUCGCUCAUACUUUUUGUUUCUUCACGUGUGUACGCAAGCGCGCCAAUCAAGAUACACAAAACACCAGGCACACCGCCGAAGAGUCAGUGCGAUUUCAUUAGUUAUAGCGAACGGUCGAGUUUUUCCAUUCUUUCCCAUUUUCGUCUUCUUUGCGAUCAUCACUCGAUCAACCACACAAGUAAUGUGUGGUCUCAAUACAAUUUUCUGAAUUGAGCAAAAGAAAUACCAGGAAUUUUGAUAGACAAAAACAGUGUUUUUAAUCAAUCGAUUCAGAGAAUUAGUUCACUGGAUAAUUAUCGAAUACACCUAAUUGCAAUCAGCUCGACGAUAUUGAAAACUGCAAAAACACAGUCAUCAUGAGGCUGCCACUGAUGUUUAUACAUGGUUUGCCUCUAUUUCUGCUAAUCACUGGAAUUGCUGCUGAUCUGGUGACGCUGAAGCCAGCAUCGAUUCGUACAGAGCUUCGCAUUGGAAAAUCGCUGCGACCACAAGAUGAGCAGCAAAUUAGUGUGACUGGCACAAAUGGUUCGCCUGUGAAUAUCAUUGUAAAGAAACGUGAUCCCAAGCAAGCAUCCACACUAAUACCCGAUAGUGCAAUUGUUUCGAAUACACGAACACGCGAACCAACCCAAACACAUGAACGGAUUACAUUUCCAUCAACAACCCAAGCAACGGCCGUCAAUUUCUUCAAAACCUAUUCGAUUGCAGUGAAUACAGAACCGAAUCGAAAAGAUGGAAAGUUCGAUUUGAAAACGAAAAAAGAUGAAAAAUUGAUUGAAACAUUUGUCAAGCAUAUUUCGAAAAUCAAUCGAAUCAAUUCGUCGCGCGUCUAUCGGCCACAAAAUCUCGUGACAAUCGAUCAAAUGCGUGGCGUCGAGGUGCCCGAUCCGGUUGUGAUCAAUUCGGAUGCGCUGAAUUUUAGCUUUGAAAAGAAUGCGGAUCGCAUGAGCAAAAAUAUAAAGCAUAGCCGAGCCAAGCAAUUGAUGCACAUUGGCACCGACGGAAUACCCGUCAUCGAAGGCAUUCGCAUGCCAGACGAUGAAGAAGAUAAGGUGAAAACGUGGCGAAACGGUCGUGUCAUUAAUGGCAUUUUAAUGCCGUACGAAAAAGGCUACGUGCCGAAAAAAGCAAUCGAAUUGGAUGGCGAUUUUGGACAAUUGUUGUACGUUAAGAGUUUCAAUGGUGAAAAUAACCAGGAAAAUGAUGCGGAUAGUGUUGGUUCGGGUCGAUCAUUUGGACCAUUUACAAAAACGGAUAACUUCAAACCGGAUAGCUUUCCGGCAAAAGCCACGGGACCAUUCACCGUUGAUGAUAAUCUCAAAGUGGUUGAGAGCAGCGUUCGGUUUGACAAUCGAAAACCAAUCGGACCCUUUUCGAUAAAAGACAAUUCUCGUGUUGCCAAUUCCAAACUAAUCGAUUACAUUAAAACGAUCAACGACAGAGAAUACCGUCGUCGUGAUUUUUUUCUGAAUGAACCACAGGAACGAUCGAACAUUCGAUUUGAUGAUGAAGUUCGUGAAGCGGCCCAGCCAAAAAUGCAGCGUAGAAUGUUGGAGAAUAUCGGUGAGCCAGUCUAUGCUCCAUCAAAAUACUAUUCAAAAAGUCCGAGAACACCGACCGAAGGUGAACGAUCACCGAUUAUGGAAUAUGCGCAUCCUGAAUAUGGUGUGAAAGCCGUUACCGAAUCGUCUGCAUCGUCAAAGAAACCCGGUAAAAUUCAAUACUACACAACAGACACGCAAUCCGCACCGUCAGCGAAUGCUCAAUACAAAAAUGUACAACCAUACCGGCCACAACCGCAAAAGAGCGCUUAUUACUCAACAAUAAUCGGACCACAAAAGCAAAUUUAUCCAUAUAACGGUCAUGUUGCGCACAAUCAAAACGAUGAUCAACAGCCAUUUUACAUGAAAAUCGCCAAGCGCAUGCAUGACGGUGUUCAAAGUGGUUUCGAUAUAUUCAUUCGUCCAAUUAUGGAAGCGGGCAAAACGUUGACGCAAAAUUUCGGAUUCCGUUCGAACAAUCAAUGGUCAAUGGGGAAAAGUUUCGGCAGCCACACCGAUGAAAGUCGCCCGGAAAGUGAAGCAUUGAGCAGCGAUUUUGGUUCAGCCAUCGACGAUAUUGAUGCGAAUAGUUCACCGGAAAAUAAGAUUCGAAUCAAACGUGGCCGUUUUGUGCCGUCAAUUCGACAACGACGCGCCCUAGAUACAGAUAGCUUCGACUCUAAUGAUGGCGAAAAUAAGUUAAUGGACGACGGCAGCAGUUUAUCGUUUCGAAUGAAAGAGUUCAUUAGGAGCACCGAUUGGACGAACACUGGUUGCGCCAAACGAAUGUUCUGCGAGGUAAUGAUUCAACAGUCGCCCGACGAUAUCGCCAUAAUGGAGAAAAAAAUGCUCAGCAUUUUGCCACCGCAAGAAGAAUCACAAGAAACCAGCAGCAAUAACAGUAUACGCGUGUUCAGACAUCUUUCAGAUGUUACCAAGGCAAUUCAACAGAGAAACUGUGCAAGGUUCAUUUGUCAGGCUCAACAGUAAACAAACAACAGAACACACACACACUUAAGAAAAACAAAACGCAUUUCAAUUUCAGACGAUGAAGAAAACAAAUUUUCUUCUCUUUUCAUUGUAUUUAAAUAAUAAGGCGAACGCAAUAUUUUCUCUAUCUCUCCUACGAAAUGAUACACGAACUGUUCAUAUUAUUAAUAUCAUAUUUAUUCGUUUAGAUCUGUAAUUUGAAACGUAAUUUUUAAAGAAAGAAAAAAAAAAGAACAAUAUGUGGUACAUUUUAUCGAUAAAUCAAGCGAAUAUCUGCCAAAAAAAAACACAGUAGCAUUUUAAGAAUGUUUUUUUUUUCAUUCAUUUGUAAGCUGUAUUUAAAUCGGGUAAAAUAAAUUUAAUUUAAUACAAGUUUAAA